CUUAAGAGAAGCUUGUCGCUAUGUUUGUCAAUUUAUGUUUUCAAAAGAAAGUAAAACUAUACAAGCUUCUGAAAAAGAUCUUGUCAUGGAGAUUUUGGUAGGAGAACAUUUAUUGGUUUAAAUGCCACCCAAAGUUGGUCUAAUAACCCCAUAUUGAGAUAAAAAUUUCGUCUUCGACAUAUCGUUGUAUAUCUAUAUAUAGUUCUCUCUUUUCAUGAAUAAAGAUCAUCAAUUCCUCUUGGUAUCAGAGCCAGGUUUUGAUAUAACUUAUGAUCCCACCACACAUGUGAACUUAUUUAAGCUUGUUCUUUCUUGUUUCCUAUAUUUAGAUUCACUCCUUGUCCUAAUUCUCAUAAAUGUCAAAGAACAUUUGUUCUGUCUGUGUAUUGGCAAUUUACAUUGAUUUGGAUUAUAAAGUUGAAGGAUGAAGAUACAAUGUGAAGUGUGUGAAAAGGCUGAAGCAGAAGUACUUUGUUGUUCAGAUGAAGCUGUACUAUGCAAGCCAUGUGACAUUAAGGUUCAUGAAGCUAAUAAACUUUUCCAAAGACAUCACCGAGUCGCCUUACAAAAAGAUGCAGCCUCAGCCACCACAGCUUCUGGAGCUCCUCUAUGUGAUAUCUGCCAGGAGAGAAAAGGGUACUUCUUCUGCUUAGAGGAUAGAGCAAUGCUGUGCAAUGAUUGUGAUGAAGCCAUUCACACUUGCAAUUCUCACCAAAGAUUCUUACUUUCUGGAGUACAAGUUUCUGAUCAGUCUUUGACUGAAAACUCCGAAUGCAGCACUAGUUUUAGCUCUGAAACUUACCAGAUUCAGUCAAAAGUGUCUCUGAAUAGUCAGUACUCUAGUGAGGAAACUGAAGCUGGAAACUCAGGUGAGAUAGUACACAAGAAUCCUUCUGUAAUCUUAAGUCCUUAGAGAUAUACACACAACAUCAUGGUUCCGGAGCCAUUGAUGUUUAAUAAUAAAAGUUUCUGUAAUAUAUUAUCUUACACAGAAGAAAAACUUGUUGAGGAAUCAAAUCUUUUUGUUACAACAAAUAUUAAAACCAUGACU